GUGAUUGCUUUGGCGCAAGCUGUAGCUGAUGCGUUUCGCGCUCCUGCCACUGGCCUUGGCUGUCCGCACUGGCCUCUGGGACAUCUCCAAAGACCCGGAUGUGCUGCCACGAGAUCUGGAGCUCGAGGAGGCCUUGGCGCGGGUGCUGCGCGAGGGAAGUGGCGCGCGCUGGGCGCGCGGCCACGCGCUGCUGGGGGCGCUGUGCCACUUCUGGCGGCCCCAGAACCGUAGCUGUGCUGCCUACCGCAUCCGCAUCGCCCUGCGGCUGAACCACCACGAUGAGGUGGCGUUGCUGGCUGCUGCUGCCAUGGAGGCCGACAGCAUGCCCCGGGUCUUCUCCUGCCCGCGGUGCAAGGACAGCCGUCUGAAGAAGGUGCCCCACAGCAUGACGUCCAUGGAGUCCAUGGUUUGGCGCAGCCUGAACGGCACUGAAGCUCGCCGCAUGCGAAGGCAGAGGCUCCUGCCACUGCUCCGCGCGGCGGUGCAGCGCUUUCCGCGACACGGGGAGGCCAAGGGGGCCCUGGCCAUGCAGCUGGGAGCCACCAAGAUGGCCUUGGAGCUCUGGCGCCAGGCCAUGGAUUUGGCCCCGACCAGCCGCGCCAUGGUAAACCGAGCCGUGACGCAGCUCCGGUUCUUGGGCCGCCGGCACUUGGCGGAGCAGUUCACCCAGCGGGCCGCGGACCUCCAGCUUUGGCGAAGUCCCCAUCAACGGCCUCACAUCUACUGGCCCUCUCUGCCGGUGGCUGCCUUUCCAGGCGCGGAGGUGGAUCCGCGGCUGCCGGCCACGGCGCAGGCCUUCCAGCGGCGCUCGGAGGAGUUCCGGGCGGAGCUGCUGCGGCAGAGGCCCCAGCUGCUGCACUUCGCCGGCUUCACGCCCUGCGAGGCGGAGGCGGAGUGCCGCGAGGAGGACGGCGGGCUCUUUCCGGAGAACAAGCGCUUCCAGGGGUUCUGGGAGGCGGGUCAGCUCUACUCCAAGCUGGGAGGCUGCGCAGAGGCGACGCCCAAGACCUGCGGAGUCAUCCAGGAGGUGCUGGUGGCUGCCGGCUUGCAGGUGACCUCUGCGAGCAUCUCCGCGGUCUUUGGCCCGUACACCUUCAUCCCAGAACACUCCUCGGCGACACAGGGCCGGCUGCGGCUGCACUGCACGCUGCAGCUGCCGCCGAAGUCGGUGUCGCUGCUGCGCCUAACGGGCCGAAACGAGCGCCGCCACGCGGCAGGCGAGUGCUUCUGGUUCGACGAGAGCUCGGACCACGAGGCCUCCUAUUCCUCGGAUGCGACGCAGCCGCGGGUGCUGCUCAUGGUGGACGUGGUGCACCCGCGCCUGCAGGACUUGGAGGAGGAACCUCUCCUGAGCCCGGCGCCCUUCAAAGCUCGGUACUGGAAGUCGUACCUCCCGAGCUCCAAGCAGCUCUAUGUGUCCAGCGUUUUGGAGCAAGACUGGCUGUUGCACGCCAUGAACUGGACGGAGGCUCCCUGGCGCAUGUGCGCACGCCUGCGCGCCAAGACCAUGGCGAGAUGGCUGGAGGAGCUGCAGGCGAGUGACUUCAGUCCGGAGAUCUUCUCCGUCUUCUGGCGCAGAGAGAAGUCCUUGCAGUGGAUUGAACCCCUGGCCGCCACCCUUCGGCACCCGGCCACGCACUGCCAGGGCCACUGGCAGAGAUCUGCUUCGCAGCGGGGUUACGAGUUCGACUGGAAGGAGCUGAGAACCUUCGAGAGCAAAGACUACCUGCUGCUGUCGAAGAGCGCUUGGGCGGACAAGGGUCAGCGCAUUCUCUUCGAUGCUGGAGUGAACGCCUACAACAGCUCCUUGGGCUGGUUCCUGGAUGCCUACGCCAGGAACGGCAUCUUAUUCGACCGCCUCUUUGGCUGGGAAGUGUCUCCUCCCGCCCACUUCCUGGAGCAGAUCCCCGCGGAGGUGGCCCAGCGCUUGCGCUUCUCCACGGAGCCAGUGGUGUCGACGGAGGCGCAUGAAAACAAUCCAGUGGCUCUCAUCUCCAAGCUUUGUCGCCCCCAGGACUUUUGUGUCUUCAAGCUGGACAUCGACGAGCCGGAGACGGAGCGGGAGCUCUUUGGCCAGCUGAUCCGACCCGGUGGCCCUGUAUCGCAAGGCCUUUUGGAUGAGUUCUUCUGGGAGGACCACGUGGACUUGCCGGCCUACGGCCUCUUCGGAGGCAAGGGCACCCUGGAGGAGAGCUACCAGCGCUUCCUCCUGCUGCGCGCCCGCGGGGUGCGGGCGCACGCCUGGCCGUGAAUCGUGAAGCUCCCCAGAGAGGUCCCCACGCCACGCGGGCCACGUGCGGCGACGGAUCAGCUGGGCCGCGCCGGGGCGUGGCUUGAAGCUCGGAGAGCGCACCCGGGUCGAUCCCUGGAAGGUCUGGAAGGUGGGCAAGGUGGCGGCGAGGUGCUGACUCGGUGUCUCUAACUCGGAAGGCUCGGGGCUGAUUUGCGAGGAGAGAUGGCCUGGCCACAAAAUGGUGACAUGCUCGACUGUCGAGCUAUGAGGCACAUCGGAGAA